AGAGAGACAGACAGUUGAAUAAGAGAUAGAGCAAGAGGCCUCGUGUGUUUUACGUCUUGUGAUCUGUUAAAAGUCAGCAACAUCACGACAUAUGUGGAAAAAAAGAACAGUAUCUCCUUUUCUAAUUUUUUCUUUUCCUUAACACCAGGAUUGUGCUUCACAUCUGAAGUUAUUUUUUACUCAUCACCUGUUGAAGAAGCAGAGAAUGUUGUUAAGGUAUGUUCAUACUUGUCUAAGUUUUUCUUAUUUUCUAAGGUCUCUCCUUUUCAUAUUGCAAAGCUGAGGUUAAAGGUUACAACAUUUUAACUUAUAGUAAAACUUUGUUUCCAUAUAUUAAAGUAGGUGUCAUUAUGAUAUAACAAAGUGAGCUACUAAACAAUCUAAUUACAUUGUUGCUUACGCUUCCAAGCAUUUAAGUUGUAAAAAUACUGUUUAAAAAAUGACACAGUCAAAUAUAUUUAAAAACAAUUUAGAUUGUAUUGAUUGUAUGUUUUGUCGCACUGUGUAACAAACUAAUUCACUUUACUGACUGGGCUGGUACAGAUUUAACUGUGAAUUAGGAUCCCUUACAGUAUUAGAAACAUCUUUUGGAAACAUACCACAAACGCCAAUGCAGGAUUUAAAAUGUUACAAAAUGUCUAAACAUUAAAAAGUAAUUAUCAUAUUGUUAAUUAUAUCACAUUGUCUUAUAUAUUAGUUCCUCUGAAAUAAUAAGCAAUAUUGCAAAUGCUUUGUGUUGAAGAUUUGGUAGAGGUAAAUUACAUUUCGAACUUUGAAAUAAAAAAGAAGAAACAAUUAUGUGAAAAAAUACCUGAAUAUAUACUGUAAUAUUACCACAUUUUCUAUAAAUGUCUGGAUGUAUAUUUUUCAGAUAAUAUUACAGUUUUAUUGAUCCAGACCAUUGAAGUCUCUUCAAAAUCUAAUUGAACCAAUUCUAUAAUUUGUCACUCCUCAGCAUGGAACCAGCUGUUGUUUGAUACACCACUCCAAUUAACCUGGCAUUGAUUACUUUCUUUAAAAAAGUUUCAUCCACCUUUAAAUGUCAGAUAACUUUAUCUUUAAGGGUACCUUCAACCACACCCUCGGCUCUGUCAAAACCACAAAGUAGAGUCUGAACUAUUGUCAGUUGAGCUUGUGAUCGGGACUUGAUGAGCACAUUUUGCAUUUAUUGAUGGGAAUACCUCUUUUUGUUCAAAUCUAUUUAAAGUAAGGAUGGCAUAAAAUAGGCAAGUAAUGGUUCUUUCGACUGUAAAGGUUGAGAAUUAAAUGUUUGUUUUAGACAACAAAAAUGAUGUGCAAGAAGCUCAUUUGGCCAAUCCCUGAAUGGGCUUUUAAAUUUGAAACUUUUAAAAACAAAUUUGGGAUAAACACUAUAUGAUAGAUAAAACAAGCAUUUAUCUGUAGGUUUCUGCAUUUUAUGUACAAGUCUAUGUAUGCGCAGACGUGUGGGUACAUUUGUGAGUGUAAAUAUAAAUGUACAGCGCGUACUUGUUCAUUGGACAGUGGAUAUAUUCAACAGUGUUCACAUCUCUGUUGGUGUUUAAGUCUCUGUUUAGUUUGUUUGCUCAAAAAUAAAUACAGUUUUUAACUCAAAUUGAAGUUGAAAUAACAGCUACUGUCAAGCUUUACCAAAAGAGUUUUAGGGAUACUGCAAACAUGUUGUCAGAGAACCACAGUUUUCCAAAGCAGCCAUCAGGCCCCUGUGUGUCUUGUAGAGAGGGCUGUUUUCCCGCAGAUUGUCUUAUCAGGGGUCGGCAUAGCUGCAGCCAGGACAGCUAUUGGGAGGAGCCAACUCAACUAAACUGAACCUGCAUGUGCUCCAAAAAACCUACAGAAGACCCAAUCAGUCAUUUAUGCGAAGCUCCGACAAGUAUACCGAUUAUGUUAUUUGCUGUAUGUUUGAAAAAAGGUGUGGUAGUGGUUUUAAACGAUACGCAGAAUACUUUUUCAUUUCUUCUUUCUAGUGGAUAGGUAUAAUAGCUGAAAUUUAACUUGCUGUUCUGUUUCCUCACCAGGUUGAUCUUUAGCAGCAAGAGUCUGUCCUGAAUGUGUUCAACAGCCAACUAUGUUCUCCCUCUGAGGAGAACCUGUGAGCUACUCCAGGCAGGCUGUGUGGGGGAGUGUCCAUGUCAGCUAAUUUCCCUGGAGUCAAGUCUCAUGGAGCUCCUCAGGACACAGAGAUGGAUGUGGCUUGGCAGGAACUGAUGGCCAUCACAGAGCUGCAGGAGUUUCAAGCCCCCAGUGAAGGCUCCUAUGAAACAACACAGUACCAAACUAUGGAGCCCAUGGUCCCUAUGGGAGGAUAUGGGAUGGCCCAGUCCCAUUCGGAGCCGCCUUCUACUGCUUGUGAGCUCGGCCCUGCUGACACUUAUGAUGGAUGUUACUCUGAAGAAGUGCCCACCUGUCAUCGUCCCAGAAGCAAUUCAGAGGCGAUGUAUGGACCUGAACCUCAGCUCAAUCAAAGAAUGAUCCCCAUUUCUUCCUACACACAGACCUCGCACAUGGCUCUCAGAGAACACAUGAACAUGUCAGGUAGCAGUCAAGGGCACAGGAGGGCUAACACUCAGGAUCUUCGCCGACACAUUGUUUGGACUACACAUGGACAAAGUCUGCAAGCUCGGUCAGCUGAUGAUCUUGAGUCGGACUCAGGUCUGUCUCUGGGCUCUAGUCCACCACUUGCUUCCCCAGAUAAUCCCGUUGGAGGUGCAUCAGGUUACCCGAGUGUAGACAUAGGCAUGACCUAUAGUGAUGUUGAAUCAGACAGGGUGGCGGAACAUGCCAGAAGAGCACACGUCCAUUACCCAAUGGACUACCAGAACCAAUCUCACUCGUAUCUACAAUCAGGUGAACAUCAGUCUUAUUUCUCAACCCAACCCACUUUAUCUCAUACACAAGGUAAUGCCCCACUUCCACGACCAGUAAAACUGCAGGGAGAGGCUUCUGCACUGAAUGAUCUGUACAUAGACUCUGGAGUGUCCAGCAGAGGGAGCUCCCAACAUAGCAUGUAUAGAAAAACACAGGGAAGUAUCUCCACUCCUGCACCGCUGAGCAGAGAUGAGCGGCGGGCUAUGUCUUUAAAGAUCCCCUUCCCCAUGGAGAAGAUCAUUAAUCUACCUGUGGAUGACUUCAAUGAGCUCCUGACACAGUAUACCCUCACAGAAAGUCAGCUAGCACUAGUCAGAGAUAUUAGACGGAGGGGGAAGAACAAGGUAGCAGCUCAGAACUGCAGGAAAAGGAAGCUUGAGAGCAUAAUUCACCUUGAAAGAGAACUGAACCAGCUGCAUGGUCAGAGAGAGCGCUUGGCACAGGAGAGGCACGAGUUCCAGAGGAGCUUGGGUUUUAUUAAAUGUCGCCUUACAGACCUUUAUUCAGAGGUGUUCUCUCAUUUGAGAGAUGAAAAUGGACAACCAUACUCAAUAGAUGACUACGCCCUACAACAGACACCUGAUGGGAAAAUGUAUCUGGUACCUCACACCAAUAUGCAAAGAGACCAAUGCUGAGGCACGGGGAUUGAUUCAUUUUUUAAUAGCCUUACAGUAUACUGCCCUAUUGUACCGACUCAAAGUAUAUAAACUGACUGGAAGUCACAGAGAUUCAUGCAAAACUUGCCAUAUAUGCAUCAAUGACUGAAACCACAUCGGUGUCUUAUAAAAAUACUUUAUUUAAAAAACAGUCUUCAGUUAAAAAAAACGUUUUAAAGUCUCCUGCAUUACUGUUCAGGAAGCCUGUGAAGAACAAAGUCAAUAUAAAUAUACAAGUAUGAAAAGUAGUAAUGUGAAAGUGUCUGAUGAUUUGUACCUGAAUUGAGCCAUUGUCACAGAAAUGGAAUCGGAUUUUGGACACCACCUUGAGUUUCCUAUAAAGCAGAAAUACCAAUUAAGUAUAACAAUCUUCAAAAAAAAAAAAAAAAAGUACUUCAUUUUUGUUCACAGCAUGCAUAUUUGUACAGCCUCUUUGCACAAUUAGAAGGCCACAUUAACCAGUCAACAUUGGUCAAGUCAUAAUAAAAGUGUUUUGCACAAAAA